AUGGAUGUUGAAUUCUUAUACUUUGGUGCACCUGAACCAACAAGAAAACAACAAUUGUGCAUUAAUAUUGUUGAUGAUCUUUGUGAAGUAGCUCAUGUAUCGGUCCAAGUUCUCAGCCCAGGAGCAUCUGUCGACGACUUCUCCGCUUCAUCCGUUCAACAGAUCGUCGAUCACUGCCUCUACGACACCAUCAACCGCUCCAGACCUGUGAACAACAUGUCUAAAUCUCGCGUCUACGCGGAUGUCAACGUUGUUCGCCCUAGGGAAUACUGGGAUUACGAAGCACUUACUGUUCAGUGGGGUGAUCAGGAUGACUAUGAAGUUGUUCGAAAAGUUGGAAGGGGAAAAUACAGUGAAGUUUUCGAGGGCAUAAAUGUCAACAGCAACGAGAAGUGUGUAAUCAAGAUUCUGAAACCUGUGAAAAAGAAGAAAAUAAAAAGGGAGAUAAAAAUACUUCAGAAUCUUUGUGGAGGCCCAAAUGUGAUAAAACUCCUUGACAUAGUGAGAGAUCAACACUCAAAAACUCCAAGCUUGAUAUUUGAGUAUGUCAACAGCACAGACUUCAAGGUUCUGUAUCCAACAUUAACAGACUAUGAUAUUCGAUAUUACAUUUAUGAGCUUCUGAAGGCAUUGGAUUAUUGUCACUCACAAGGAAUCAUGCACAGAGAUGUGAAGCCUCAUAAUGUGAUGAUUGAUCAUGAAUUGAGAAAACUCAGAUUGAUUGAUUGGGGACUUGCAGAGUUUUAUCAUCCUGGAAAAGAAUACAAUGUUCGUGUAGCUUCCAGAUACUUUAAAGGGCCUGAGCUUCUGGUUGAUCUUCAAGACUAUGACUAUUCUUUAGACAUGUGGAGCCUCGGUUGCAUGUUUGCUGGAAUGAUAUUUCGCAAGGAACCUUUCUUUUAUGGGCAUGACAACCAGGAUCAGCUUGUCAAAAUUGCUAGGGUGCUUGGGACUGAUGAAUUAAAUGCAUAUUUGAACAAAUAUCAGUUAGAACUUGAACCUCAACUUGAAGCUCUUGUUGGAAGGCAUAGCAGGAAACCAUGGUCAAAGUUUAUGAAUGCAGACAAUCAGCAUUUAGUAUCUCCAGAGGCAAUUGAUUUUCUGGAUAAACUCCUUCGCUAUGAUCAUCAGGAUAGGCUCACAGCAAAAGAAGCAAUGGCGCAUCCUUAUUUCAUGCAAGUGAGGGCUGCAGAAAACAGCAGGAUGCGGACACAAAAACGAGGCAUGAGGUUUUAA